AUGCUACAAAACCCCAGCGGAGACACGAUCCGACUGGUGUUGAAAUACUUGGGGUUUCCGUAUACAGAUGGAGCUAUAGUUCUACAUUGCACGAUUCCAGCAUGCCUUUCCUCGCCGUGUUUAAACGGAGGAAGCUGCAGAGAAAGUCUUGGCGGAUUUACGUGUGACUGUUUGGAAAACUACGUAGGAAACACUUGCCAACUUUCCAGUUCGAUGUGCCAUUUGAAUCCGUGUGUCAACGGAGGAACUUGUCAUGAUGAUCCAACAAUAAGGUUCUAUUGUCUUUGCGAUCCCUGCUACUUUGGGGAGUUCUGCGAAGAAGAAUAUGAUGUUUACUACGAUAAUGGUUCGUUAACAUCAAUGCCUUUACAUGGGAAUGAUGAAGUUGAUGGGAAUGAUGAAGUUGUUGUGAACGAGACGGUCCUAGACAAGUUCUAUCUCGGUCCAUAUCAACGGGUCUACACGACUAGUUGUGAACUUCGCCAAAGCAAUUAUGCUCUCACCAAGUGGUAUAUCACCACGCCCAAAGGAACCAGCCCUUCGUUGACCAUCUACCAGUUUGACAUCUCCCCAGACGCGCUUGGAGAGCAGGAUGGUAUGGAGAUCUUCUUUGUUACCAGCUCACCCUUAAUCACCGAAGACGGCGUGAAUACACACGAGUUUCGCGUCGCCAAUAAUCUCUUUCAGCCAUACCAGGACUUGGCCCUGUGGGUGCCCCGGGAACGAGCAGACCCACAGGAGAAACAUCUGCUGAUGACUGCCCAAGGGAAUCUAAGUAGUAUUCUUCCCUAUACAGUCAGGGUGCACUCCAAUCAAAUGAUUUGCAACUUUAUCAGCUUAUUGAAGGCAUACAACAUCGAGAGGUAUACGACGUUGAUGGCCAAGAUAGUAGCUGUUUAA